UAAAUGGUCACAGUGGAGAGAGGGAGACGAGGGGAGAGUGAGCGUCUCUGCAACUCAUUGGUGGAGAUCAAGGAAGAUGCUGAGGAGGCCUCUCAGAGGGCCAAGAACUCCGCUUCCUUCUACCCUCUGCCUCUCCAUUGCCGCCAUUCCGGCCGUCCUCUUCCUUCUUCUCUCCUGCUCUUCCCUCUCCUUCCCUCCUUCCGUCCCUACCCCGCCCUCAUCUCCUCCAUCCUUGCCAUCCGAUCGCCGGACCGGCCACCGAGAAGUCCCCAUCACCGCCUCCACUGUCCUCCCCUCUUCCUCCAUUCGCCAGGCCUGCUCCGCCACCCGUUUCCCCGAUGCCUGUGAACGGACCCUCAGUCGUGCGCCGCCGGACCCUCACCCUACCCCCGCUGACCUCAUACGGUUGGCCAUCGACGCUGCUGCCGCCUCCCUGCGGACCGCCCGAUCGACGGCGGAUUCGAUCCUCGCCUCCGCCGGCGGGGACCCAAAAUUGACCAACGCCGCCCGCAACUGCGUCGAGUUCCUCGGCCUCUCCGCUUACCGCCUCGAGAUGUCUUCCGACUCGGAAACGAUCGGGACGAGGGUGAAGGACGCCCGGGCCUGGCUUAGCGCGGGCUUGACCUAUCAGUAUGACUGCUGGUCAGCUCUGAAGUACGUCAACACCACGGAUCGGAUUGGCGCCGCCAUGACCUUCCUGGACUCGCUGAUGGUCCUCACCAGCAACGCCCUCGCCAUGGCCUUCGCGCUCGACCGGUUCGGAGGAGACACCGGCUCGUGGCGGCCGCCGCAGACCGAGCGAGACGGGCUGGACGCCGAGCCCCGCCCCUGGAAGCGUUCCGUGCGUCCGGUUCGGUUUCGGCGCGGUUUCGACGGGCUGCAGCCCGACGUGGUGGUCUGUAAGGACCCGGCCGAAGGAUGUCUCGGUUCGGUACAAGAGGCGGUCGACUCGGCCCCAGAGAGCGGUUCGAAACCUUUCGUCAUUAGAAUAAAGGAAGGGGUGUACGAGGAGAUAGUGAAGGUGCCGGCGGCGAAGCGGAACGUGGUCUUUUUGGGGGAUGGCAUGGGCAAGACUGUCAUUACCGGUUCUCUCAAUGUCCAGAUGGUCGGCGUCUCCACCUACAACACCGCCACGGUCGGAGUUAAUGGGGAUGGCUUCAUGGCUAACGGAAUCACAUUUGUGAAUGCUGCUGGAUCUGAUAGCCACCAAGCUGUGGCAUUUCGAUCAGAUAGUGACUUCUCUCUGCUCGAGAACUGUGAGUUCCUUGGCCACCAAGACACUUUAUAUGCUCACGCACUACGUCAGUUCUAUAGGUCAUGUCGCAUUCAAGGCACCAUAGACUUCAUCUUUGGAAACUCAGCUGCAGUCUUCCAUAAUUGUACGAUUCUCAUUGCCUCUCGACGGUUGUCUCAUGUGAAGGGUGAGAGGAAUGCUGUCACUGCCCAUGGUCGAACUGAUCCAUCUCAAUCUACUGGGUUCGUAUUCAAGGAUUGUGUGAUAAAUGGCACACAUGAGUACAUGGACUACUUCUACUCAAAACCAUUGAUUCAUCGGAACUAUCUUGGCCGACCAUGGAAGGAGUAUUCACGAACGGUGUUCUUGAGUUGUUGCUUGGAGGCUCUCAUACAGCCAGAAGGGUGGAUGCCAUGGAAGGGCGAUUUUGCGCUGAAGACACUAUACUAUGGGGAGUAUGAAAAUUUUGGGCCUGGAGCAAACGUUUCAAGUAGGGUUCCUUGGAGCAGUCAGAUUGAGUCCAAAAAUGUUGACAUGUAUUCUGUUGAGAGUUUCGUACAAGGAAGCGAGUGGAUUUGACCCUAUUUGCUUCAAUUUUGUGGUGAGAAAGUUCUCAGGAGACAACCACACAUUCAGUGACUUUUGAGGGCUUUCAUUCUCCGAUGAGGAAAGAAAGUGUUUGUAAGAUUUCUUUUUCUUGCUACAGAUGCAGAGAAAAAUAUUUAUCUUGUAUCAAAGAUUAAUAGUCAAUGUCUGGGCGUAUCCCUAAUAUGCAGGGAAAAUCUUUGGUCUUAUCAACCAAUGACCUGCCAAUGUGGAGUUAGUUAUGGGGAUUUUCCGUCUAGUUAAAAAGAUGUCCCAUGAUCAAGUACUUCGAUUUUCCUGUCCACAGAUAUUUAUUGUUAUUGAAGUUUAAUAAGUGAAUUGGUGUUA